UUGCGAACCGCCAUUAAAACUCAAAGAAGACGAAGACCAACAGACUCCGCUCAGUUCCUUGUGGAGGAACAAGAGGAGUUAUUUUGUUACUAGCCACUUUUCUUUAGCUAAUGUUAAGCUGGGGGACCACUGAGGUCAAAAUGCGUGUAACUUUAGCUUGCUGCUCUUAUGGCUUUUGCACUUGCGUGCUCUGAUAUAGAGUUGGGAUGUUUUCAACCAAUAUGGAAACCAAAAGAGUGGAGAUCCCAUCCGGCGUACUGGACGACCUAUGCAGCCGGUUCAUCCUGCACAUCCCCAGCGAGGAGCGGGACAACGCUAUCCGGGUGUGCUUCCAGAUCGAGCUGGCCCACUGGUUCUACCUGGACUUCUGCAUGCAGAACACUCCGGGGGCUCCUCACUGUGGGAUAAGAGACUUCGCCAAAGCAGUUUUCCAUCACUGUCCGUUUCUGUUGCCUCACGGAGAGGAUGUUCAGAAAAUCCUGGAACAGUGGAAGGAGUACAAGAUGGGUGUACCUACUUAUGGAGCGAUCAUUCUCGAUGAAGCACUAGAAAACGCGCUGCUCGUUCAGGGCUACCUUGCAAAGUCAGGCUGGGGCUUUCCGAAGGGGAAAGUUAACGAGGAUGAAGCGCCUCAUGACUGUGCAGUUCGUGAAGUGUUGGAGGAGACGGGCUUCGACAUCAAGAAUCGCAUCUGCAAAGACAUGUACAUAGAGCAGAAAAUCACUGACCAGGUGGUGCGGCUCUACAUCAUACCAGGAGUGUCAAUGGAUACCAAGUUCAACCCCAAAACAAGGAAAGAGAUCAGGAACAUUGAAUGGUUUCCUAUUGAGAAGCUGCCAUGUCACAGGAACGACAUGACCCCAAAGUCUAAACUUGGACUUGCCCCCAACAGGUUUUUCAUGGCCAUUCCAUUCAUAAGGCCGCUGCGAGAAUGGAUCAGCAGGCUGAAAGGCGAGUCGACAGACAGCGACGAGGACUUCGCAAACAACGGCAACACUUCAAGCAAACCUUCAGACAACGCUCGGUCAAAAUCCCGCCGCCUCACAGGUGCUGAUGCGUUUCCAGGAGACGGCUGGGCGAAACACAAGCAGCAGAAGGCUCUGGGCCAGGCGAGCCAGCAGGAGCUCAACCAGAAUUCACAUUUGAAAGGCAAUGGAAAGAAAUGCCCGGACUCGUCUAGUGUGAAGAAAGGAGCAAAUGACAAUGGAGCCAACUGCCAGCAGAAAGAAGUUAAAAGACUUCAACCCAGAAGACUUCAAGACAGUUUUGAGAGAGAUGUGGCUCCAUACAGCUCCAACGGUCACCAGGCAGUCCACAGCAAAGACUCUGAGCCCCUGCUGUCCUCGAAGGCUUUCCUCAAUUUUAAAUUUGACAGAGAAGCCAUCAUGAAAUGUUUUGACUACUGACAUGGCUGAUGAAGCGCUGUGCCUCUCCUGUAAGAGCAUCAAACUAUAGACCAAUUUAUGCUUCUGCGUUAAAUCGACGCCAGGGGUAUGUAUGUAGGUACGUGGAGAUACCGACCCUACACCGUAGCCUGACGUGCACCUCUCAAAAAAUGUAACUACACGUCGCGGGGACGCACGUCGCUCUGCCGUGGCUUGGUAGCGUUGCAUUUCCCCGACUCAUUUCCUGGUUCUCCUUGUCCGUAAACAACAUGAAAUCAAGGAGGGGGUUAACUUUUCCUGCUAUAGAUUUCCCACUGUGGUCAGAAAGAACAGGGGAGACACUUUUGUUUCUCUCACUAGGACUCUAUGCCUCCAGAGUCAGUACUCACUCACUCGCUCUACACACACUCCUCACGCACACACCAAUGCACAAGUAUAAACUUCAGGCCACUUACAUAGGCUACGUGAAAGCUCUGCGUGGAGCCUCUGUAGAAGCAUAAAUCCUGUUUAUGGCCUCAAGGACUUUUUCCCUUUACAGUCUAGGCAAGGAUGUUACUAAACAUGCCCUUUUCCUUCUUGCCUUGCUUGCCAUGAAUACACAUUUACAGUGGGGAGUUGCCUAUUUCUCAUUGAACACAUCCAAUAAGCUUUACUGGAGUAGUUUGCCUUUGCCGCCCAACAAACAGCACUGUCUUCCAUCUGUCCGAGGCGGAAUCCAAACUUCAGGUUUUACUUCUACAUCUUUGAAUAUCUAAAUCCAUGAUUCAAUCUGCAGGAGACAACACAUUAGUCUUUUAAAAGCAAAAGAUCAAACAUUUUGAGAACCAAAAAUGGAUUUUAAGCACAUAUCGUAUGAGGUGACAGUGAAACCUAAAUCGGCUGUGAUAUCUUAGUGAAUUUGGCCAGUAAAUCAGAUUUGUCAUGUUACAUAUUGCUUUUAAGAUGUAAUCAUUUAGGUGUUGUUCAUUUCCUCCAUUCUUCCAACUGAGUCCCAAAAAGGUUUUUGAUACAGAAGAAAGGUGGAUAUUAAUAGUGUUAUUGGCUUUAUUACCAAUAUAUCUUAAGAUUUUAUCCGGGAAUGUAGAAUGUAAUAGAAUAUUGACUUGGGUCUUGGGAGUUUGUCUUUGCAAGUUGAUGUCACAUUAAAUUCACAUUACUUUGUUGUUGGUAUGGAAUUCUAUGGCUGCCAAUAUUAAGAUUAAAUCAUUAGAUCAAACUGAUGUUUGGAAAUCCAUAAUUUAGGCCAGAAAAAUGGCAAAUUAAAAUGAAAAUUUCAUUGACAGAUAAUUGUCAGUAAACUCCACUGUACAUCACUGAUACAAUGGCAUGAUGCAAAUAAUUAUUGAACGAAAUUGGUUGACAGUGUGCAACCUAAUGCAAUUGCAAACUUGCAUUUGGAUUUAAAUGAUGUCCUGUUUGUCACGAAUGAAAGUGAAGAUUUCCAUAAUGGCCUGAACUUGUCUUUUACCAUUAUGAGAUUGACCACUAUGAAAAUGACCAUGACAAUGGCCACCUUCCAGAGGGGAAAUCCAUUUCAUCAGAAAUUAGUUAAUCUCAAUUCAAAUGCAAAUAGAAGAGCCUGGUUUGCAAUUUUACUUUCACCUUCUAUUUGAGAAUACAAAGUCAAUUUCACAUUCAGUUUAAUUAUUGUCGCAGGGUAGUGCUCAAGAGCACACUGAAACCAUGGUCAAAGUAGCUCUUAUUUUAUUUCAUUCUGGCAGUAAUUGUGCAUUUUACAUCAUAUAUGGAAAUUGGAUUUUAACAUUUUAAUUUUGUCAAACAUUAAGAGAAUUACAUUUUAAGUGAGUAAAUCGUUUAAUUUUAACAUUUUUAGCCACAGGCUUCCAUUCAUUGUUGUUUUUGGCCUUAAAGCGACCCACAUCCCAUUUGCGUUUGUCUGGUUUUCAGCAGUGUUGUCAUUCAAAGUUGUUCUGUCCUGCAGACUGCAGGGUUUACAGGUUUAAACUCGUGUUGAGAUUUCGUAGACCAGAAAAUCUCAAUCAUAUUCCUCCCGAUCACUAUAGUUAGCUGCUUUAGUGUUUGGUUGGUAUGAAAACUUGGAGACUCUUGAGCUAUAGUGCAUGAUGGACGACCACUGCGUUACACUACUGUGAACAUAAGUUAUUCUCAAAAACAUUACAAAUUACUCUCACAGGGAUCUCUAGCCACUAGAGCUGAAAACAAAAGCAAAGGCAGUUUUCAUGGAAGUUUUAGACAUCUUGAAAGUUCAACCCACAGUCUAACAAAGUUAUAUUUUCUCAAGGUAAUAUCAUAUACAUGCAUACAUGUGAGAUGACUAAAUCUGGAUGUGAGAUCUCCCUUUGUGAUUCUCAUCGGGUUUUCUUGGUUGUUGAUUGUACAGAUGGUGAUCUCAAGUUGUACUUUGGCUUCAAUGGUGUUUUGACUUAAAAUGUGAAUAUUAAUAAAAGUCUGUUUUUUU